GUCGUGCGUCGAACCACCGAUAGAGAACGACUUACGUCACCACUUCCACAACAACAAGAAGCUGAAAAACAAGGAAGUGAAUGAUUGUGAAGCCGUAACCUGUUCUAAGGCCGUAACAAGAUACGCGGAGCUCGACUUAAUCAGAAAUUUCUCUGUCUUCAGAUCAUCCACAACCAUGAACAACAAAGGUAUUUCUCCGCGGCCGUUUUCGGACAUUAGUCAGCUGUUCGCUAAUUCGACCCUGACGGUAGAAGUAGAAACGAGGAGCUGGUCGUUAUGGCCAUCUGAGCGGACAUGACAAUAAAAAAACACGGACUUUGUCUGUGGUACGCACACGCUAAGCUGUGCUAUGUCGGUUAAAACCAAACACUACAGCUGUUAUCAUCGAAAACAUGGAUUUAUUAUCAGAUUAUAAGACUAACCGUGGUUGUGCGGGUCACAUAGUUGAGUUAGCUUAAAACAGAGCUGACAUGUUUUCACUGUUUUGGUUUUCGAGCAUCGGAAUGAAUCUGUGUCACUCAUUUUAACAUCAGCGAGGCACUUUCGAGUUUACGUGGAAAAUGAAACUAGGUCUACAUGUAACCAACAACGACUGUUUAUAUAAGAUCUUACAUAUAAACCUAAUAUCACAUCUUUUGUUGCUAUGUUAAAGGCCGCACACGUUUGAUGUAAAAUUACAAAAUAUUUACUAAAAACUGUACCGAGUUAUUUUUUUCCUGUUUGUUGGAUUUUCUCCCUUAGAUGUGAACACGCAGCUCAAAGUGUUUAUCUUAAGCUCUCCUUACCUGAGGCAAUGCCUUUAAGGGUUUUUUUUGUUUGUCCGACAAGAAUACAAAGAAUGUAUUUCAAUGGGAGGGAGCAGAGGUGGAAAAGUGUUUACAAUUACUCCUGUUACUGUCAUUUAAGAGCUCAUAUAUGUGCUUUUAUUUACUUAAAAGUGUGAGUUGAGUGUUUACUGUGGGAAAGGAUCACCUCACUACAUUUUACACAGUAUUAGUCACUGAGUAAAAAAUGCAAAAACACAAAACAUACAAAUUUUGCAUUAAGUGCCAUUAAAGUAAAUGUACUUUUGCUUAUUUAUAUAUUUUGCGUAUUCCUUCCAUUCCUAGGAAGGAGAAUCUGGAGAAUAUUUGCGUUUUUUUUCCCCUCAAAAUCUCAAUAAUCAAUAUAAAAAUUUAUUGAUUAAAUUGUUUAUUUGAUGUGGACAUCACAAUUACAUUGGACAAACCAGAUGCAUUGUGUUUUAGCCAUAGACUGUAUAUACUAUGGACAACUUGAUUCCACCUCCCCCCUGUAUACGUAUUUGAAGCCAAAAAGCUCUCAGUAUUUCCAGGAUAUUUUUCAUUUCCUGCGCAGUAGCGUUGUGCGCAUUCGGCGGGAGAGUCGCCGAGAGUCGCUGUGAUGACGCUCGGCUCAAACAGUGUAUCCCCUGGGUGAGCUACGCAAUCCCUGAACGCCAAUAGGCUGUAUCAGGUGUCUAUCAUAGAAAACAUGAAACCCCGAAUAACUUUUAAAAACUGAGCUUCACAGAAAAAAGAGGACUUGAGCACAAGCUAGUCUGACAGUAACUAAAUGUCAACAUCACAAGCAGGGAGGAGAAAAAGUUAUAAUCUGUGUAAUAAAUUUCUAAAGUUUGUCCACAGCUCCAUAAGCUUUGCUGGCGGAGGCGGGAUUUAUGACCUAUACUGCAGCCCGUCACCAGAGGGUGCUGUUCUCGGAGUGGCUUCACCUAGCGCAGAGGCAGACGGCGUCCAUUUUACAUACAGUCUAUUUUUGAAGUAAUAAAAGUAAUAUUAAAAAAGUAAAAAAUUUUAUUAAAAUAAAAGGGAACAGUGGUGACAUAUUAUUAUUUAGAAAUUAAAAAAAAAACAGUUUAAGAGUACUAAAAUUCAUAAAAUUUUCAAAGGUAAAAAGGUUGUGUUUUCUUGAAAUGCGGCAGUGAUGCCAUCUCAUUGGUUUCUGGUCCAGUUAUACAACUGUGUCAUUUUAAUAUCAACCAGUUAUUUAAGCUUUUAUUUGUAUUAAUGGCUCAAUGUUUUUUCUGGUGUUUUCAGUAUUUAAAUUCCAGAUCUGAAACAGACAUACAUUCUUUUGUUUUAUUUAUGUUUUCCACUGAUAAAAAGUACUCUCCGGUGGUUUACUCAAAGUCUCAGCUAUUCUUUCUGUGAUCUAAAGCUGGAUUUCCCACCAUAAAGGAUGAAUUUAUCACAUCAUCUUAGGAUAAUAAAGCUUACUUAUUCAAAAAUAAACAGAUAAAUUACUGACAAUUUAAGAAAAAUAACUGUCUGGUGGCUGCUGCUGUUUCCCACUCUGAGACAAGAUAAGUCUGUUUCUAUGUUUCUUCUUUGCUUUGGCAACGACUUAGAUACAAGUUAUGAUCCUCGGACGUUAAGCUGAGAUCACGAGUGGAAUUAAUGUACAAAAAGUCCAAGAGCAUCAGUCUUAUAUUGGAAAGUGAAGCAUAAACUUUGCUGUACAGUUUUAUUAUAGCAGAAUAAGGUUAACUGAUGUCCUUAAAAGGGCAUUUUUCCUUGUUCUUAUCUAAACGGGUAGCUAAAGUAUAACUAACAGGCUGUUCCAAUCAGAAGUCCCUGGAUUGGAAACUCUCUCUCACCCAGGAAGCAAAGCUGGAUGUGUUCUCUCAAUAUAUACCUACAUAUUUUAAGAUUAAAACCUGAAACAUCUCAUCUUUUUCUUUCUCUUUGGUCCUUGUGCUCUGCUUUUGACACUAAACCAAAACAGUGCACUUAAAGUCACUCACUCACUCACUCACUCAGCUAGAGGUUUCCAUGUCAGUCAGUGCUCCAACUCAAGAGUAAAAUGUUGUUUUGCAGGUUCAUAUCCACAGCAGGCUGUGUACCCUCAGCAGAGCUCUGCACCUGUAUACCCUCCUGCUAUGCAAAUGUCUCCUCAGGCACCUCCCUACACAGACACACCACCUGCAUAUUCUGAGGUAACUAUUACAGAUGUCUUACAUAAUUACAUCAUGAGUGCUCUCUGUGAUAAACAGUUAACAUCCCUCUUAUGUCAUGUCUCUGUGUGUGUCUGUACAGAUAUACCAGCCCAGAUAUGUGCUUCCAGCUCAGGUGCCUGGUCAGUUGCCUCAGAUGUCCUCUCACUACCCUGGUGCUCAGAUGUUCAUGCCCAUGCAGCCACACAUGCCUGUUGGGCAUGUGGGCCAGAAUGUCCCCAUGGCUUACUACCCCAUGGGAGCCGUCUACCCGCCUGGUUCAACAGUGAUGGUGGAAGGUGGCUUUGAUGCAGGUGCUCGCUUUAGUGCAGGCAGCAGCGUUUCCAUCCCAGUGAGUAUCCACACAGUUCACUCACCCAAGCCAAAGUACUCUAAAACACAAAGAGAUGAUGAAGAGUUAAUUUUUCAUCACUUGUUUUCCACUGGUUAGUUGUUAUCUUUGUUUUAAAAAUGCUUAAAGCAGUGGUUCUCAACUGGUCUCACUGCGGGACCCACAUUUUCCCAUGGUCCUUCAGUCGCGACCCACUUAUAAAAUUCAAACCAAGCGAAUGUAUUUUUUGUCAACAAAAACCUUCAAAGUCUCAAAUGUUAGGCAUAAAUACACCCAUUUUAUUGAGUAAAGUGCAUUUUAGAGCACAUGAACUAAAGACGACAACUACUGAAGUUGCAUAUACAGAAAAUAUCAAAUUGCACAAAACAAAGACCAAAAAAGACCAUUUAUUUUCACUGCAUUCAGGCCACAUUCAUAAGGAACCGAGGAGGACCACGAUAUAAUGCCUGCCUUUUAAAAUAACCUAUUUUUCAAAAUAAAAGACAUGUGUCCACGUGUCCGCGACCCACUUUUGGGUCAGGACCCACCAGUUGAGAACCACUGGCUUAAAAGGUAAAAUAUAUAUAUAUAUAUAUGUAUUUUUAUAACCCCAAAAUUCUGACAAUUUGGAUGCAAAGUCCUCCUUUAAAAAUCCAGUCAUGAUUGGCGUCUUGCCCUGGAAAUAUUUGUCCCCUGUAGUCUUCUUAGCAACAUUAUGUAGAACAUUUCACUUAGUUGGUACUUAAAAUUCUGACUUUUGAGAUCCUUAAACAGGUAAAUAAAUGCCGCCAGUAUGUUUGAGUGUGCCUAAGCCACUUCGGUCAAAGGAGACCGGACGCGCCCCUGGAAUGAAGUCGUAAAGUCCAGCUUAAAGGUGAUCACUUUUUGUGCUUCUUGUCUCCCCUCUUUCUAGCCCCCACCCCCUGGACACCCCCCAAACGCAGCUCAGCUGGCUGCCAUGCAGAAUGCUAACGUUGUAAUGUCACAGCGCAAGAACAACUUCUUCCUGGGCGGAUCCAGUGGAGGUUAUACCAUCUGGUAACAGCAAGUCUUCAACUCCUCCCUAACGCCUCAACCGUGUCCCCAUCCCAAACAAAGCCCCAGUUCUUCCCCCUCCCAUACGCCUCCUUCUUCAGGCUGCUUGGCCAUGCCACAAUACUGAUUUCACCUAACGGAAUGUAAUAUUUUAGCGCCCUAGUGAAAGGUACAGUACUCCACUUCUCACCUAGAGAUCAAACGGCGAACGCCAAUGUCUGGAGAGGACGAAUUUGAACUUUUAGAUGUUGUAGAAAUCAUUCCAAAUUCCUUAUUGGGUCUAACCUCUUUGGUCAUUCCAGACUGAACCUCUCCCAGGCAUCCGUGUUUUCUUUCUGGAGACUAGGUCUUCUUCGAUCCACUGGAUCACCAAUUACACUGAGAUGUUCUUGUAUACCUGUAAAGUUACAUAACUGAGAUGUUGAAAUGUCAGACCCGCAUCCUGUAGUUUAGCUGCUUUAUAGUGAAAGUGAAAUGCAGUUACAAAGUCGCAGUGAAAGCGCAGAAAACAAUAAACCUUCACUUGUCUUUUUUUGGAAACUUUUAGAGUAGUUAAAUUAAUAGAUAUGUUUUAGUUUCAUGUAAAUACAAGUAUGAGAAAGUACGUCUCAAAUAUACAGAAGUAAAAAAAAAGAAGAAAAGCAUCCUGGAUGCGUUUAGCUAGAACUGUCUUGUCCUUUGCACAGAAUCCAAAAAAAGACUACAUCAAAUUCCUUGCACAGUGACAGUUCUGAUCUGACGGAGCGUCACGUUGAAAUCACUUGUAAAUGAAAUCAAAUUAAAGCAAAUAAUUCAAGAAAAGAUUUCAUGCAAUAUCCAAAGUGGUUUACUGUACCUUGGUGGGCAACUUGUAGUUGAACAUAGUCAAGUGCCAAAGAGCACUGGGGAUAGCCCGAAUUAAAGCAAAAUAACUUCAGUAAACUUAAAGGAAAGAAAUUUAAAGUAAAUCCAAAUAGUAAGUUGAGUGGGAAGGGGUGGUUGGUGUAACAUUAUAGCUUUUUUUUUCAUUUCCUGUUUCUAUUUCACAGUCGGAUACCCAGAGUUUAUACACUAAAUGUUUUAUCGACCAGUCUACCUUCGUUUGUCUUUUCACUUAGUAUCUUUGGGUUUCAUCGAACCAACUUUUUUGAAGUAUUUAUUAGCUUUAGAAACUGUCAACUUUGUGCUAGCAUGAGUUUGUAGUCCGAGACUGAAGAUACUUUAUUAAAUACUCCCUUUUUUCUUUUUUCUUUUCCGUGACUUUUCCACAUUUCAGUGGUUUACGUGAGUAGUUUGGCUUAGUAUAACCAAUGAGCUGGUUGUACCAAAGAUUUGGUCUACAAUGCACUUACGUUUGGUUGUGACUUGAAAUUUAAAAGUGUCACAAUUUAAAAGCAAACAUAUCAUCAAACCAGCGGCUCUGAGGGUGUCGGUGUCCGGGCCUUCGCUCUGUCAGGGCCGCGCUUGUUAGUCAAUGUGUUGAUGUCACUUUAUGUGGGUUAAUCACAUCUUUAAGUUUAAUAAUUUUGCACCUUUUUGCGAUGUACAAAUUUGAUGAAUCACUUUUUAUCUGAGAUGCACUGCUAAGCAAAUGUGAGUGGUUGCACACGAGAGGGGGGCUGCUCUCUCGUUUGGUUCCGUAGCUCUGUUUUCAUGACUUUUUUAGACAAAGCUGUGAGAUUUUUGAACAUUUUUAGAUUCAUCCAAGUCGAGACGCGUCGUGUCGUUCUGGAGCCUGAAUGUGUUUGCAACGAUGGCGAAUAUCACUGUUGAUUUCAAGGCAAAAGAAACUUGCUUCGAACCAUGACUUCGCUUGUUAUCUUCAAACUUUGAGGCAGAAUCCAAACUCUGGUGAGUCCGGAUUGAUAACAUCUACUUCUAAUUCUCGAUCUUUUCAUUUCGGUGUCUGAUAGCGCUGACGUUUCACUGGGUAUCCGACACACCACAUCAAGUUUUAACAGCUGUGGCCGACUGAAAGCAAAUGGUGUCGCCGCCAAACUCGAUUGAGUGUUUUCAGUGUUAUUUUAAAGAUGAUUAAUGUGAAAAAUGGGCUUCUUUCAUUUCUCAGCCUCAUGCAGAAAAUCAGGACUGACGCGUCUCUGAAGGGUUUUCAAAAUGGCUCAAUGUUCAUUUAAUAUCUCUCACGCUGUCGUUUUAUAGAGGGCCACAGCUAUCAAAGCUUCCACACAAUGACUCAAACACCUUUUUUUUUUCGUUUUCCAUCUCUGCUCUGAUUGUUCGUAAAGCAGCAUCAUGGUGGCUUUGUCCCAGCAAUAUGAAGUACUGUAUAACUCCAGCUGACCAGUAGAUGCUAUGCCAACCACAGCCAGCAAAUGGAUCUCUCUUUGUUGAAGGAUAAUGGACAUUUAUAGUUCAGGGAUUCUCUUUACAAUAUUUUGUAAAAAAUAGAUGUAUGUACUAAAGUGAUGUGAUAGACUUUGGUACACAUUCUAUCUUUUAAGAUUACUAAAGGGGAAGAGUGUCAAAGAUGGAAUACUUUGAAAAAAGAACUUAGGUGCACUUAACUUUUUUAUACUAAACUUAAAAUUUAAAAUGUAAGUUUAGAAUAAAGGUUAUUUUGGAAAUUUGAAACGCUGUGUGUCUGAUUCUUUGUAUUCCCAGUCUAUGUACAAGAACAUGUAAUUUUGGUUGUUGUCAUGUUGUGAUUAAAGCUUACAUGUUGUAUCUUUCUGACUAGACUGUAUCAAAGGUA